CGAACACGCGCACCGUAUAAGACAAGUGCAAGACUUUCCUUUGGGCGUCCACUGGACCUCUCAACCACAAAGCCUAAAAUGUGGGUGCAAGGUGUCUGCAAUCUACUCGCCACGCUAUCGAAGCCUCCAUGGACGAAGCCACUGAACUGGGACCUCCACAUGACAAUCGACGGCGAAGGACGCAUUCCAUUCCACUUAUAUGUUACGUAUGAAGAUGAUCCACCCUGCACUUCAUCGCAAGCUACCCUAUUAUCACGCUUUAGUCAGCUUUCUACAGAGCUUCAACUCCACGUCCUAGACUUCUGUUCUGCGCCUACGCUCUACAAGAUGAUGUACGCAUCUAUGCUUCGCAUCGAAGCUGCAAAACGAUUCUGGUCAGAUUCGGAUACAUACUAUCUCAUUAAGGCCUACUGGCUCUUUGGAGGUGGGCACUCAGCCUAUACAUGCUACGAUCUGUCCUUUAUGGCUUACGUACAAAAUGUGGAGAUCGAGUACGACUUGCGCUCUGAUGAUAAAAUAGCUCCUAUUCGUCAAGACGAUGUAUUAGAGCUUGAUUACAACAAGGCCCGAGAGUUUUGGAGGACCUUUCGAAUGAGAUUUCCUCGCGCAAAAAAGGUAGUGGUCAACAAGAAUUGGGAAUCGCUGACUAUUCGAUAUCAAAACGAUGAGCCUAUUGCCUGUUCUCUAAAGGUACUUGUCGAGACAUGCCCAAUUAACCUCGAGAUUUCGGUUUUAGUACUGGUGGAGGUGAGCUCUGGUGGCGAAAAGCGGACUGCACCUCCUAUUGCGAAGAAUUGGCACAGAGUACUCUAUCGUCUCGCAGAUGACGGCGAAUGGAGAAAAGUCACUACGUCUGGUUUCGAACGCAAGACUGUUCUCAUGCCUCCUAAAAGAUUUUAUGGACCGGUUGGUGAAUUCAAGGGACUCUUGCACGAACAAGAGAAGAUCCAAUUGCAACUAACAGGCCUCGGCGCGGUCGCAAUCGAAGCUUUAGAUCGACAUUAUUUCGGCAAGGAGCAUCCUGAGCCAUUUCAUUGCCCUGCGUCUGGAUGCGAUGUCUACUUCGAAAAAGCUGGACAGUGGACGCAGCAUGCCGCAGAGGCACAUGGCGUUGAGAUGUUCAUGGCACGACCUGAGAUCCUACCUCACGCAUUACAACAUGGUUUCGAAGAACGCAAGAACAAUCUGACAAAAGAGGUAGAAGCAAGAAGAAGAAAGUUCAGGAAGAUCUUUGAUGAUUGGAAUGAGGAAGGGGGUGAGAAGAGACGAGAGCUAGAGCGGGGUUGGAUUCAUCAGUUGGAUACCGACGAGGCAUGGAACACAGGGGUGAAGGGGACAGACAGUGAGCUCUGGGAACGAUUCAACAAUAUGAUGGAUCCAACGUGGUCUGGAUACUGACCAGAGGCCGGAUUUCGUUGUAAGACAGUGUUAAUGCUAUUCUACAUAGUAUUAAGGGCUUAAGGAGAGAUAGCUGCUAGAGUGUUUAAUUUGAUAGAUGCGUAGGCAUUGCUAUAGUUCUCUUGCAUAAUCCAACCGGAAGGAUUCUCGGCACAUUUUCAACCGAGACCAUGUCGGACCGACAUAGACUGUGUGGAGCAGAUUCGAAGAUACGCUCAUGACCAGAACUGGAAGAGUGAGAGGAUGCUAGCGCAAGAAUUACGCGGGGUUAUUUAUUGAUUAAUGUUAUUUAAUUUAUUGAGGGU